CAGAAUCCGGAUGACUUCAUUUGUCAUGAAUGAGUAGUAAAUGUCACAAAAAAGUAAAAUUUCUCUUUCAAUAAAAUUCGUACAAAUCACUUCUAAUUGAUACAAAAUCAUGCAGCUCGGCUAAAAUUAAUGUAAUGAAUUCACGGUACAAUGAAGAAGUUCAGAAACUCUUUGAGUUUUGGUGUGAAAUUCGACCAGCUACAGCUGGAGAGAAAGCCAGUGGAUACAUAAUAUCGUCGUUCCCCGAAAAAUUCAAAGAUCCGGAAAUUAUCACUAAAAUUCCGGACUUUGCAUAUCCGUGUAACUUUACCAACGAUUCCCUGCAAUUGUAUUCAUUUGUGCUGACGAGUAGUGACUCGAAAUGGCGUUUCGGUUUCUGUCGUCACGAUCCAAGAUCAGGAACUGCGAUGGUACUAAUAACUUAUUUACCAUGGCACGACACGUUCAUUCGUUUCAUGAAUGUUUUGGGUGAAUUGAAAAAAUCGGAUGGCGAUGAAUUUCAACCAUUUUUGUCCGAAGCCUAUAACCGAGGAGUUCCUGAACCAGGGGCCAGCUUGAAAUUGUUUUACAAUUCUGGAACAAAUAAUUUCAUGUUCCAACGGCCUUCCCAAUUCCAGUUACCGAGUAUUCCAGAGAAUCACAACCUCAAUUUAUAUUAUAAUUUUGUCGAUGCAAGGAACAUGAUCAGCGUAUUUGCUGCUAUGUUAGCAGAACGGCGCAUCGUGUUUACAUCACACCGUUUCGAUCGUUUGUCCUCUUGUGUACAGGCCGCUAACGCUUUUUUAUAUCCAAUGGUAUGGCAGCACAUAUUCAUUCCGAUACUACCAAUGAAAAUGAGAGAAAUUUUAUGUGCACCAAUGCCGUUUUUAAUCGGAGUUCCUGAAGCAGUAUUGAAAACCAUGACUCGUGAUGAAUUGGGUGAAGUUGUAGUCCUGAACUGUGAUAACAAGACCUUUGAUUCACCCUUCGACGAUGUUAAAAGCAUGCCACAAGAGUUGGUGUCUCAGCUGAAAAAGCAGUUGAGCAAUCCUAGUGAACACAUCGGCGAUCGGGUCUCGAAAAUAUUUUUAGGAAUUCUAGUUCAAUUAAUCGGAGGAUACAGGGAUGCAAUAAAGUUUACACAGGGCGACAAAAUAACAUGGGACCGUGACACAUUCAUUGAUUCACGUGCACCGAGCCUGAGACCGUUUCUGCGGAACAUGAUGGAAUUGCAAAUAUUUCAGCAGUUCAUCGAGGAAAGACUUGACAUGCUGAACACUGGUCUCGGUUUUUCCGAUGAAUUUGAAUUGGAAACGUUGAGGCAUUCGGAGAAAACCGGUCGAAAGGGAAUGCACUACAAGGGAUUCUUGAAAAAUGUUAAGGACAAGACUAAUCCUGCUUAUAAGUCUGCGAUGGAAUCGGUCAAGCAAGGAAGCCGUGGCGUCAAAAGCGCAUACAAAGAUUUCAAAUCAAAGCUACGGGAUCGUACGCCACCGAAUUCGUCGCAUCAGUAUGGCAACCACUCGCAAUCGCACGAUGGCGGACAUCAUUCGGCGCCCAAUUCACCGGUAUUUACAAAACGACCACAAACUGAAUAUUCCCACAACCAAAACCAUCGCAAACCUAAUACAAUGCUUCAGACCUCCAAUUCAUUGAUGAAUAAUUCAAAUUUUACCAAUAAUAACCAUAUCAAUAAGAGCCCAACUGUUAGCCAGCCUAGUUCAAAUUCAUCGUCAGAGAUGAACAUAUUGCAAGAACUGCAACAGCAUGCAUUGUUUAAAAUGCCUGCAGUCGACCGAAGCCUAAAACCCUCCAUGGACUACAGUACAUUGAGACCAUUACGAAGUGGAUCGCUUCUACACACGCCCACAUUUCAAAGCACAUCCGAUUCGUAUAGCUCGGACGCAUUGUCAAUCGGGGCACUAUGUCUAGUCGAGGCAACACUAAAAUCGUCAUCGAAACAUCGUAUACCAAAUCCAUCCGACGAUUCAUUUAAUUCAUCGUCGAAAAGCUCAAGUUUUGAUAGUCCACCGGAAAUGCCUUCGCCGCCAGUGCCCCCUCGUGUAUCUAAUUCAAAUCAUGCCAAAACUAAAAUCGAUCUUCCCGUAUCCAUGUUCGAAAAUCAAUUUGUAAAUAACGAUUUUUAUAGCAUAAAUACAUCGGUGGCGGCACCGCCUAUAGCACCAAUUCGGAAAUCACACAUUGAGCAAAAUAAGUCAAAUGACACAACACCAAAUCUCAUCAACCUCGAAGCGAACACAAGUUUUGAACUGGAGGACUUCGAUCCGCUAAAUAAAAAUGCCAAACCGAUGCCCCCACCAAAAACAGCUUUAGUAGCGUCAUCAUCGCAAUCGCUAAAUAGAGUGCCGCUACCCGGCCUUGCGAAUCCGAUGUAUCCCUACUACACACCGCAGCGUCAAAUGCCGCUGAAGAAGCCUCAAAACCGUACCAACGAUGACGAUGUGGAAUUGUUGCGAAAAUAUGGAUUGGAUCAGUUUAGUUUGGUGGACGAUUGUAAUAUGGGAGCCAGUGGUAGCAGUCAAUCGAAUGGAUCAAUGCGAAACUCAAGUGAUAGAAAUAAUUGGACUGUAUUUGACUGAACUUUUUUUUAGUAACUUUUAUUGUCGUCUUCUAUUGUUUUUCAAACUAAUAUAAAUUCAUUAACCGCUACUGUAUAUACUUUCAAUGUGUGUACAAAACCUAUAGCGAAACACAACGAUCAAAAUGAAAUGCGAAUGGGAAUUUCUUCGAUUCGAAUGAAAUUAUCACUUUUAUGAAAGACACAAGAAUGACCUGUAAACAAAAAUAUUAUUUAUAUAUCAAUCUGUAGACCUAUAGAUAUGUAACAACCAACUAUACAAUUUGUAGCAUUUAGGAGACAAUUCAAAUUUAAAAAAAAUAAUUAUAUAUUGAUAGUGAUUAGUGAAUUUGUCCAGUAAAACAGUGAAUGGCUGAACGUCUUCUUUUUCGAUCCAUUUAUUUAUUUAGACUCAAAAUUUUAUGCACCUUUUACGAUUUACUAGCAACGGUUUCGAUAAUCAAAAUUUCUAAUUUUCUUGCAAUAAAUACUAAAAAUGUUCCACGAAAAAAUGCAAUUUAAUAAUUUCAAUAAAAGACAUUUAAAAAAAGCAAA